GAAGUAGGGAAAGAGGUAAUACCCAGAAGAGGCAACGGCGGCGGCGCCAAGACGAUUGGUGCCAAACAGGGCUGAAAGCAACUCAGCUUUGGGUUUGUGAAUAGCAUAAUGGAAGAAGCUGGAAUUUGUGGGCUAAGAGAGAAAGCAGAUAUGUUGUGUAACUCUGAAUCAAAUGAUAUUCUUCAACAUCAAGACUCAAAUUACAGUGCCACAAGUAAUAAGCAUUUGUUGGAAGACAGAGAAGGCAGUGACUUUAUAACAAAGAACAGGAGUUGGGUGAGCCCAGUGCACUGCACUCAAGAGUCAAGAAAGGAGCUUCCUGAGCAAGAAGUAGCCCCUCCCCGUGGUCAACAAGAUUUACAAUGCAGCAGGAACAAAGAAAAAGUCUUAGGAAAAGAAGUGUUAUUACUGAUGCAAGCCCUAAACACUCUUUCGACUCCAGAGGAGAAGUUGGCAGCUCUUUGUAAGAAAUAUGCUGAUCUUGAAAAUUCACCUCUUCUAUAGAAGAGUUAUUUUGACCUAUAUGAUUUGAAACAAAAUUCUUUUUUCAGAGACUGUAGAAACAUUCUCAACAGGGAAACCCUAC